CGAGCAGGGGCUCAACCGCAAGAUCAUGGCGGAGAGCUGCCGCAUUGGGGUGGAAGUUUCGGACGUGAGGAGCUCCGACGCGUUUGUGAAGCGGGAGGAGAUUGCUGAGGCCAUUGCGAGGAUCUUCAGCGACAAAGCUCGAAAGGCGAGAGCGAGGGAAUUCAGGGACGCGGCGAGAAAGGCAGCGGCGCCGGGUGGUGGCUCUCGGAAUAACCUGAUGCUAUUCACAGACUUGUGUUCUACCGACACUCGAUCGUGAUCUUUGGCUUCGGUCUAACAAACUGUGGUCGCUUUGAUCUACCAGUGCAAGAUCUCAGUUGACAAAAUCAAAUUCUUCUGCUGUCUUGAAGCCGGGAUUCUAAGGAUCUUUCUAAAUCAAACAGUGAAGAAGCUCGGGACAGCCCGGGCUUGGGAAUAACCGGGUUAAAAUCUUAAGUGUUCUACCGAUAUUCACGAAGAUAUCUUCUCGAAUAUCUCUUCCCAGUCAAUCGUGGCCUAACGAAGGUACAAAUUAUGUUCUGGAACUCCCCUCGCUCCCCGUGGAUCACACGGACUAUAUAAAGCGCGACUCCAACAAACCUUUCUCCAGCCUCUCGCAUUUCCAGAUCUUUCUUCUAGAUUUCCAUUUCCAAUGGCUUCUAGUGAUCAAGAUGUAACACUGCUCAGCUUUUGGGCCAGCCCCUUCUCGAUGCGAGCCAAGCUUGCACUGUUGCUCAAGGGCAUCGAGCACGAAGAUCUCCCCCAGGAUUUGGGCAACAAGAGCAAGAUCCUACUCGAGUCCAAUCCAGUGCACAAGAAGGUCCCGGUUCUCAUCCACAAGGGCAAGCCCAUCGCAGAGUCGGCCAUCAUCGUCCACUACAUCGACGAGGUUUGGCCUGGAACAUCGCCACUCUUGCCGAAAGACGCAUUCCUCCGCGCAGAGCACCGCUUCUGGACCGAUUUCAUCGACAAGAAGCUGCUGGACUGCUUGAUGCGUUUCGUGCACGGGAACGACAAAGAUGCCGCAAACGAGGAAUUCAUCGCCAACUGCGUGCUUCUCGAGGGGGCCUUGACGAAGCUGGGGAGUGAACAAGAGGGUCCCUUCUUCGGCGGCGCGAGCUUCUCCUUCUUAGAUGUGAUGCUCGCUCCCUACGCCCCCGGGGUUGUGGGAGUGAUGGGCUUGAAGCAUGCCAGCGAGGAGCAGUGCCCGCGUCUCCACAAGUUCUUCGAGGCCGUGUCCGAGCAUCCCGCUGCCAAGGGCGCACUGCCCCCGGUCGAGAAGCUCAAGGAAUUAAUCCGAAAUAAGUAGAAACCUUUGCAUGAAUAACACUUUUCCAGCCAUAUCUUGAUUGAGCAUAUUGAUAGCUAAAACAUUGAUCAGAUAACAUAAUGACAAUGUCACUACUGUUUGGAUUGAUCGCAUUCUAGAAUUCUACUGUUCUCUCGA